CUCCUCUCUCUCUCUCUCUCUGUCUCCCUCUUUUAUACUGUUAAAGCCUUCUACAUGAUAGUGUUUCUUGUACCUGUGUAGCAGCUUCAUGAUUUUAUGUCCUGUGUUAUCCACAUACAACCCUAGAAGCACAGGGACUUUGCCUCUCUCUCUCUCUCUCUCUCUCUGGUUUUACGUAGUUCCAGUUUGGUUGAUUUAUUCAUGAAUGAACCUAUGUCAACACCCCUGUAUAUUGUUAGUGUUAGAAUUGAAUUUGUUAUGCAUACAAUUCAUAUUGUAGGUUCUUUUUCUGUGUAACACUGACAUGGAGCAUUGACAUGGCAACCCCAAGAAAUGAAAAAUUAGGUUACUGUAGAAUUACUUUAAUACAAAUAAGAGCAACCCAGUGCACGAGGCUCCCUCUACUGCAAGGUCUGGGAGAGCCAAAUGUAAGCAACCUUAACCCUCGCUUCGUAGGAGUGGCUGUUUCGAAGUUUCGAACCUUUGACCAACAUGUUGUUAUAGUGCAAAUUUAAUUAUAACUGAUAAAAUAUUUGAUAUCUCUGAACUUAACACAUACCAGAUUCCUGUUCAAAAGUCAGGUUCUUUUAAGGGAAAAUUACAUGAUUACCCACUUAUGGGUUUCCCUUUACAAAACUAACCAACUUGUGUUUCAGUUAACAACAAUAUACAAAAUCAGGUUUGGUUUUACAAAACUACCCAAAACAAUGUUUUUUCCUCAAUCAUGUUUGUUUUAUUACCAUUUUACCCCCGAGUUCUUGCACCCUACUUCUCCAAUGUCCGAUCCCCUUCCCUGCAACCCUUGCCCUCCCCUGCCUCUACCCCACCAUUCUCAGUGAUUUAUCCAGUAUCUUCACCUCCACAACCCUAUAUUUGCCUCUCUAGCCCUGCUCCUAAAAAAAUUCUCCUUUCUCUAAUGGUGUCUUUCCAAUUUCCAGCAAUUUUUUUCUCCUGUUCUAAUGGAUAAGCUGCAAUGGAUUUUACCGAUGAUCUAUUGAAGAGAUUCCGCCAGUGAGUGAACUCCUGCGCAUCACUGGUGUGCUGGAUCCUUAUUCCCAAACUUCAAUAUCUGUAGAGAAACCAUCACACAAAGACCUUUAUUUUCCGAUCAACUCCCAAACAUUCCCAUCUCAAACCACCUCCCUCUCCACACAUACUCCAUUGGAAACGGAUCAGAAUUCACAAAGCAACCUUGCUUAAUCUCUGGCUCCAAUGGCAGAAUAUACACAUUUGCAAAAAACCCAUAUUAUCUUCUAAAAACCGCAGUUGGGUUAUCAAAUAUCGGCAUAAAAAAAGGGGAUUUCAUCAUGAUUUUCUUCCAAAACUCCCCUGAAUUCGUCCUCUCAUUCAUGGGAGCUUCCAUGAUUGGAGCCGUAACCACAACAGUAAACCCAUUCUAUACACAAACAGAGAUUUUCAAGCAAUUCAAAGCCUCUGGAACAAAAUUGAUUAUUAUCCCAUCACAAUACGUUUUCAAGCUUAACAAUUCCAUACAUGAAUCCAAAAAAUUGGAGAAGAUUUCAAGGUGAUUACCGUUGAUGAUCCACCAAAAUUUCCUCCAUUUCUCGGUAAUCUUAGAAUCAGAUGAGAAGGAUUUAGUAAUGGUUUCGAUUGAUUCGAAUGACCCGAUUGCACUCCCAUUCUCCCUGGGGACAACUAGGUUGCCUAAAGGUGUGAUCUUGACUCAUAAGAGUUUGAUUUCAAGCGUAGCACAAGAAGUCGAUGGAGAGAAUCCGAAUCUGUACUUGAAAUCAGACGACAUUGUUCUCUGUGUUCUUCCUCUGUUUCAUAUUUAUUCUUCAAACUCUGUUUUGCUCUGUCAUCAUCCUUUGCCAGCUUCCAUCACUCUAAUCAUUCAACCUCUGACCACAUCAAUCCCUCCCUUGCUGCUCUCCGCCAUUAACAUCCAAACCGGCCCUCUCUGCAUCUAUCUCUCUCCGCCGCUACCAUCAUUCCUUGCCCAGCCUGCAGCAUCCCAAUCGUUCAACCUCUGACCACAUCAAUCUUCCAUUCCGCCCUUGCUGCCUUCCUCCAUCGACACCUCCACUCGGUCCCUGCUGUCCUCUCUGCAUCUAUUUUUCACUGGCGGCUGCUCUGUUGUUCACAGCUGCGAGGUGUGCUGGAGAGAGAGAGAGAGAGAGAGAGAUAUGGGGGGUCCACUGCACAAGAGAAGAAAAGGAGGUGGUGCAGCAUGUUUCUAGAGUAGCUCUUGCCCAAAAAAAGAAAAUUUUAUCGAAACACCUCCAUAAAACUGAUUUGCAGGUUCCAAAUGCCGGAAUGUGGCUGCUAGCCUGGAUGGCUGACAGUGCUUCGUGUGACCGUGGCCUUGGUGAUCAGAGUGAACAUUGUGAUGGGAGAAGGUAGGGUGAUGAAGUGAGGGGUAAAAUGGUAAGAAAACAAACACAAUUGAGGGAGAAUCACUGUUUUGGGUAGUUUUGUAAACCCAAAGCUGAUUUUGUAGAUUGUUGUUAACUGAAACACAAGUAGGGUAAUUUUGUAAAGUGGAACCCAAAAGUGGGUAAUCAUAUAAUUUCCCCUUCUUUUAACACCUCCCCCACCCCCCCCCAAAAAAAAAAAAAAAAAAAAAAAAAGAAGAAAAAGUAAAAAGUUCCUGCUUUAAGUGCUUUUUGUUGUUUCAUUUAUGAAAGGGUACAUAUUGUGCUCUUCUUUCUCGCCCUAACAUAUCACGUUACAUUGGUUAUAAGGUGAGAGUAUAGUAGGCCAAAUUAUUGAAUACUUGUUAAAUUGAUUUUUUGCAAGGUACAAAACUUUAUAUAAUUGUAUUCUAUCCAUAUCUACUCAUGUCCAAUAAAACAUUUGUGGACAUAGGAGUGCUCUCUGUGGGGAAGUGUCAAAAAAUGUAGAAUGUAUCUGCUAACUGUUUUACUGAUUAAGUUCACCAGUCCUUUGACAUAAGUCCUUAACCCAGUUACUUGAGCAGUAGUAGGAAAAAAAAAAAACAGUUAACCAUAGCAAUGCUCAAAUUGGAGUUUCUAGCAUGAAGACACAGUGAUGUUCACCAUCUGUAGUUGGCUUGUUAGGUCAGAGUCUGCAGCUGCGAUCAUAUGUGCUAUCCAGGUAGUUACAAUCCCACCAUUGUCUACUUAUUUACUUCUGUUUGUGAUGCAGGUCAGAGUCUGCAGGGAGAAGACAACUGGACAUGUUUAUGCAAUGAAAAAGCUAAAGAAGUCGGAGAUGCUUCGUAGAGGCCAGGUCGAGCAUGUUAGGGCUGAACGGAAUGUCCUUGCGGAGGUUGACAGCAAUUGCAUUGUCAGACUUUAUUGUUCUUUUCAAGAUGACUAUUUUUUGUACCUCAUUAUGGAAUAUCUACCUGGUGGAGAUAUGAUGACUUUACUUAUGAGGAAGGAUACCUUGGCUGAAGAUGAGGCUAGAUUUUAUGUAGGAGAAACAGUUUUGGCUAUUGAGUCUAUCCAUAAACAUCAUUACGUCCAUAGAGAUAUCAAGCCUGAUAAUUUACUGCUCGAUAGAUAUGGUCACAUGAAGCUGUCGGACUUUGGCCUAUGUAAACCAUUGGACUACAGUAUUCUGCAUGAAAAGGACUUUUCUGUGGGAGUCAAUGGGUCACAAAGUGAAGAACGCCCUCCUUUACCAAAGCGCACACAACAGGAGCAGCUACAACAUUGGCAGAGGAACAGAAGAAUGCUAGCAUAUUCUACUGUUGGUACACCUGACUAUAUUGCUCCAGAAGUUUUACUGAAGAAGGGUUAUGGAAUGGAAUGUGAUUGGUGGUCACUUGGUGCUAUCAUGUUUGAAAUGCUUGUGGGAUAUCCUCCAUUUUAUUCUGAUGAACCCAUGUCAACUUGUCGGAAGAUAGUAAAUUGGAGAAAUCAUUUAAAAUUUCCUGAGGAGGCAAAGCUAUCCCCAGAAGCUAAAGACCUCAUCAGUAAACUUUUAUGUAAUGUUGACCAGAGACUUGGAACAAAGGGCGCGGAUGAAAUAAAGGCUCACCCAUGGUUUGAAGGUCUUCAAUGGGACAAGCUUUAUCAAAUGGAAGCUGCAUUUAUUCCAGAAGUCAAUGACGAGUUGGAUACUCAAAACUUUGAAAAGUUUGAGGAGUCUGAUAACCAGGGUCAAACUUCAUCAAAGGCAGGCCCAUGGAGAAAGAUGCUCUCUUCAAAGGAUGUCAAUUUUGUGGGCUACACCUAUAAGAACUUUGAAAUUGUCAAUGAUCAUCAAUUGCCUGGGAUCACUGAACUUAAGAAGAAAAGCACAAAUGUGAAGAGACCAUCUGUUAAAUCCCUUUUCGAUGAUGAAUCAGAUUCAUCUAAUCCACCUGUUCAGGGAAGCUUUCUAAAUCUCUUGCCUCCGCAACUGGAAGUCUCCCAAAACCAAAGUGAAUCCCCAUAAACCCUGCCAAACCCCUCCGUGACGUCAGACAGCCAUGGAGUUUCAGCCAACAGAUUCAAAACCCCAUUUGGUUGAAUGUAUGUAUUAUAAUAUCUCGCCUCUUUCGGGCUUCAAAUUUUCAUCUGUGGCUGUUUCCACUGGUGCUUGAGCUCUUUCAGUACCAAAGAUUGUGGCAAAGCCCCACACAGAGGGUGGAUGGGUUUGGAGAUAUGACCCUGUCUCUGCUUAAGUCAGGGACAUUGUAAAAUUAGAAUUCAAUAGUAAAUAUCAAUUCUUUUA